UAAAGUCCAGUGGAUGGCGGUAGCACAGCUGAAGCUUUCUAUCUUUGACUAGUCUUGUGCGAAAACCUGCACUUUCAGUUCACAUCAUUAUGACAGCCACCAUAAAUACAAGCAAACUGGGGCAGAUUCGGGGGAAAUUGGGGGAUGGGGUCACGCAGUACCUGGGAAUCAAAUAUGCAACUCUGGAGAGUCGAUUUGCGGAUGCACAAUUGAUUGAGGAACGGCAAGGAGAUCUACUCGAUGCAUCCACAGAUGGACCCACGGCAUUAUCGCUCCCCAUCGGAUGCGAUAUCGAGUUAGGCCAUGUGCAACACUCUCUACCAAAGAAGGAACUUCCACAAUCCGAUCUCGAUUGUCUCAAUCUCAAUAUUGCAGUUCCAUCGGAUGCAACCUCAUCGUCGAACCUACCCGUUUUAUUCUUUAUCCAUGGCGGUGGUCUGUUCAUUGGUGCUAAUUCCUGGCCACAAUACGAUCUAACUCGACUGGCGAAGUUAUCCAUUGAGAAAGGACUACCGGUGGUUAUUGUAGCUAUUAAUUAUCGUCUGGGAGCGCCAGGGUUCCUCACAUCCAAGGAACUGCGCGAUGCGGGAUACAAAUCCAAUAACGGUCUACGAGACCAACGAGUGGCAUUGGAGUGGGUACAUCAGCACAUUCGCGAUUUUGGUGGAGACCCAGAGAAUAUUACGACAGGAGGAAUGAGUGCGGGAGCCGCAUCUGUGACGUAUCAUCUACACUCGAAAACUCCAUUGUUCAAGCGUGCAAUCGUUAUGAGCGGGUCGUCGCUUCUCAUCCAGGCCCUUCCAUACGAGAUACAUGAAGAAAAUUAUCAAAAGGCAAUGGCAGCGUUGGGACUGGCAGAUGUUUCAGCUGAAGAUCGGGUCAAAGCUUUGUUGGAGAUGCCUGGGCAAGACUUAGUCACCAAGCUCCCUCCAUCCGUGAGAUAUGUCCCGGCUCUCGACAGUGAUCUUGUCGCUCCCGGUGUGACAUACUCGGAAGUCGGAAACCUGGCAUCGAAAGUGCUUCCCGGGAAGGACUGGUGUAAGGACUUGUUGAUUGGAGAUGCUGAAGUUGACGCAAGCAUCUUUGAAUACUUGUCGCCGCAAAUGAGAAAUAACUGUGCAAAGCGAUUCAUUGCCGCGCUGAAUGAAAAUGUCGGAUCACAUCCGGAGAUUGCCCAGCGUAUCCUCGACGCUUACCAAGUUUCCGAAGGUACUCUUGAUAACGAGGCGAUACUGUCUAUCCUAAAGUUCUUCACGGAUAUUUUAUUCCAUUCAUCAACAAUUAACUUUGCCCGUGGCUGGAACGGAAAUGCCCAUGUUUACUAUUUCAAUGAGGGCAACCCCUGGGACGGACCGUGGAAAGGUCGUGCCAAUCACAUCCUCGAUGUGAUCUACUUUUUCCAGAACCUCGGCGAGUUCCUAACUCCAGAACAAAAGCAAGUGGGUGAAACAUUUGCUGAAGACUUUUUCAAAUUCUGCCAUGGAAUUGCCCCGUGGCCAGCUAUUACUCCUGGAACCAUCGACGCUGGGUUUUCGGCACGCAUUUAUGGCCCCAGUCAGAAGGGUACCAUGACUAGUGUUGCGCAACAAGCAUUCGGUGGUGAGACUCUGCGCAGAAGUGUUCUGUAUGAGUGCUCCUCCGUGGUAGCUUUGGACGAUUUGGCCAAAGUUUUUGUGACUUUCCAGUCAAGCUGA